AUGAUAUUGAUCCUAGAGAAUCUAGGAAUCAGGAAAAAAACAACACCUGCUUUACCUAUUAAAACUUGCAACAGUUCCUUCAACCAAUUGUUUCUCUGUCUUACGCCAGGUAUGGAUAGUGCACAGUGUUACGAUUUUCAAGGUAACCCUGUGAAUAAUGGAGAAAAAUAUGUACCCAAUAAAGAAGACCCAUGUAUGACAUGUAUUUGUGAUAAAGGGUUCCGGAUUAUGUGUAAAUCUGUAGCCUGUUCUCCACCAGGAAACUGUGAAUUAUGGGAACAGAUUGAAGGUGUCUGCUGUGAAUAUAAAUGUAUAAAAUCUGGAUCUGGAAACAAUGUACAAGGUGGAGGACCUGGUAAUAUUUUUAAUGUCACUAAUCCUGAAUUGGAUGGUGGAAGAGCUCUAGAAGAUGAAAGUAUUACUAAUCUAGGAUUAAGAUUAGUAGCUAGCACUGUUACAUCUUUUCUAGUCUUAGCUUUAUUACUAUUUAUGGUACAUAGGUUAAGACAGAGACGUCUAUUACUAGCAAUGAGAAGAUUUGAGGCUCAAGCGAGGCGUCAACAAUUAGAGGAAGCAGAUUCUGAUCAUUAUAUACCAGAAACAUUUCUAGGUAUAGAAUGUCCUCCAUAUGAGGAUCCUCCGCCUCCUUAUUCACCUCCUAAACCACAUCCACGUAUUAUGCCUGGAGAAGCACCACCUCCUUAUGAAGAGAUAGAUCAAAAUCCUCUUAGUCCUUUGAAUAACAAUGAGAUCAAUCGUGCUAUAACUGAAGAAAAUAGUGCUCCAACGCCUCGGCAGUGUUCAAUUAACAUGGAAAAUAAUAAUAAUACAGAAGCUAGUUCUCAAUGUGUUCAAACAAGUGCUACUCCAAAUGUGGAAUGUCGUAUUGAAAAUGAAAAUAUGCGCAGAAGUACAAAUACUAGUGAUACUGUGACUCGUGGGGUUUGUGUUUUACCUGAUUCAAGUGGAAAUAUGCAUACAUAUGCUAAUACAUCAAGUGCUUCUCAAAAUAGAAAUUGUGCAAGCUAUAUAGACAAUCAACUUGAUAGUACUCCAACAAGUCCUACAGGACGUGUUCCUCUAUUGAGUUCUUCUCGCGAUGAUUCACACGAGUGCUCUUGUGAUGAGGAUCAAACAAUGUUAAAGAGAUAUUAUUCUUAUGAGCAUCAAGCUUCAACUAGCUUUAAUAAUACACAACCAUCUACUUGUCAGGAAAGUCCUCUACUUCAACAAAAUCAAAUCAGGUCUAGUCAACCUUCUGAAUUAUAUGCAAAUUGUUUACCUCAUUCUGUCAUGUCUGCUUCCAUGACUGAACAACCAGAUCCUAAAAAAUUAAUUCGUCAAUAUGACAGAUUUUCCUCACUGCCAAGACAAAUUAGGUCAACUGAUGAACAUCAAUUUAGCAAUCCAUCUCCUUUAAGGGAAGUAGCAGAAACAGAACAAGGAAUUCCAUUGGUCGAAAUGAGGAAGAAUGUCUCAACUCAGGAUAUUUCUAAUGCACCUUCAACAUCAACAGGUUCACCACCACAGGCUUCAUUGAGAACUGCAGCUGAUGGAGCUUCAAGGCAAGAUCUUUUGCGGGGAAAUUUACAACCUCUCACACUAAGUGAUAAAGUGACUCCUUUGUGUAGUAAUAUUCUAGUUCAAAACAAUGGACAAGCUUUAGUUCAAUCCAGUGAAGCCCGUCUGAGAAAUUUAAGACUUUACAAUCUUGCUCAUAGUCCAACCAAACAAUUAGAUAGUCCUAAUUCACCUGUAACUCCUGAAGAACUACAAAUUAAGCGAUCUCAGUCGGUCACUUCAGAGGUCUCUAUCUUCUCAAUAUGUUCGGAAACAGGUGAACUUCGGAUUCCGAAACCCAUGACCCAAAGUUUAAGAUGUGAUUCCCAAUAUCCUGAUAUUCCAAUUAGACCCAAUUUCUUAAGACAAUUAACAAGCAAUGUGGAGACAUUUUUAGGAACAGUUCCAAAACGGAAUUUUGCCAGUCAUCAAGAUCAGUCAGUAUCAAAAAUUACUGAAGACAAUGAUGCUAAGGUUGCAGAAAAUCCAGCAUUAGAUCAGAGUGAUGAAAAUCAGCUUUGUGUCAGUGAUGUAGGUGGUCCUAUUGGAGCCUCUGCUCUGAUCAAAAAUUUUAAUAAACUCAAUUCAGAAUUAAAGGACAACUCUCGAAAAAAAGAAAAAGAAAAACCAAAAGCUAAUCGAUUUUCAACUGGAAGUUUACCUGCUCAAAAACCCAAAAAGACGCGGUCCGUGAAUCCUGAGGCUGGUCCAUCAAAAUCCAGUGAAAGUACAAGCAAAAAACAUGAUACUGCUAAAAGGAAAGGUGUGAAACAAAGUAGUUCUAUCAAACAAUAUGGUUUUAUUGAUAAUAGUGCCGGUACUAGUUCUCAAUCAACUAGUAAUAAUAGUGUUAAAUUGGAUUGUUUAAAAGGUUCUAGUCGCAGCAAGGAAGGUCGAGGACGUAAAGAACUGGAUAACCAAAGAACAAAACCUGAUCAUGCUCCUCGAUGUGAUUUAUCAGUAUUACAACCAACACCAGAAUUAAAAACUAGUCGACAAAUCAAACCGGGUGUCAAACGUCAAUUAAAUUAUUUAGAUAAAAACAAUCAUAGUCCAAGCCCUACUCGACAAAAAUCACGACCAAAAACUAUGUUUCCAACUUGUCACAAGGAGUCAGAAUCAGGUACUUGGAAUGAUCUGAGUAAAGAAUCCACUUCUAACUGUGUUCCCAGACGUAAGGGUAAAAGUUCAUCUUCACGUAGUAAAAAGAGACAGUCUUAUCCAGUGUCUAAUAUACAAACAGCAGAAAGUACUGGUAUAGUUUUAUCUCGACCAAAUAUUAUCGGUUGUGUUUCUGAUAUGACAAAUGAAACUGUGCCACCAUUGAAUGAAGCUGGUGUUAGUCAGGAACCCACAAGACUCAAUGGUUAUGUGUAUAAGUAUAAUACAGAUAGUCCACAAGACAAUCCUAAUGUAUAUGUCAAAUUAAGACCCACAAGUUUAAGUAGCUAUGUCUAG